CUAUCAACUCAGGAGGUGAAGAUGGACGCUACCGCAACUAUGUUACAGGAGCAAACGCAAGACGUGGAUCACCAUGCGCUGUUGGUGGCCAAAAUAGUUGCCAUGGUGGUGCUCGUGGUGAUCACCGUGCUUUGCGGCAGCCUUCCCUACGUCCUCAACAGGUGCUUCCAUUGGACGAAGGCGAGUCCGGAGGAGACCCGUUCGUCGUUGGUGGUGCGGUGCCUACUCUUCUUCGGCGGCGGAGUGCUCAUCUGCACCACCUUCCUGCACAUGCUGCCCGAGGUGAUAGAGGUGGUGGAAGCGCUCCAGGAAUGCGGCUCGCUUGCCAAGACGCCCUUCGCCCUGGCGGAGAUGCUGAUGUGCACGGGCUUUUUCCUGAUGUACGCGUUGGACGAGCUAAUGACCAGCAUCGUGCGGCACCACCAGCGGAAGCUUAGUCGGAAGGAGUCGGUGGCCAGUCUGGCUUUCGAAAGAGGACGCAGCAUUCGGAACAGUGUUCUCCUCAAUCCACAGGCGAAGGAAGAAGUGGAAGUUAAGGAUACGGAGCCACAGCCGCACAAGGAUCACCACGGCCACUCGCACAUGCCCGUGCCAGCGGAAGAUGGAUCCUCUGCCAGGGGGCUGGGCAUUAUCCUCGCAUUGUCGCUCCACGAACUGUUCGAGGGCAUGGCAAUUGGCCUGGAGGGCACUGUGAGCACUGUGUGGUUCAUGUUUGGAGCGGUCUCUGCACACAAGUUGGUGUUGGCCUUCUGCGUGGGCAUGGAGCUUCUGGUCGCACGCAGUUCUCUGGCCAUCCUGUACCUGGUGACCUUCUCCAUUGUUACCCCCAUCGGUAUUGGUGUUGGCCUCGGCAUCAGCCAGCAGGUUGCAGCGGGUCAGCCCAGUCUGCCAUCCGGAAUUCUCCAGGGCAUUGCCUGCGGAACCUUGCUGUACGUGGUCUUCUUCGAGAUCCUGACUGAGAGCCACGCCGGAUGGAGGGCCCUUAUAGCCGCCGUGGCUGGUUUCGCUCUGAUGUUUGGUCUUCAAAUUCUUUCUGACGAAGCGGAGGGUGAUGACAGCCUAACCUGUUCCUAGCAAGUGUGACGCCACUCCAGUAUUAUCAAGUUAUAGAGGAAACAACAAAAGUGUCUAUAAAGGGAUUCCCUUGGAAUCUGUAAAGGUUUCUCAGAAAUCUUUUCCAACGCUAAUUAUUAAAAAUGUAAUAACCAUAUGUGAUUAAA